UCUUUAACGCCUCCAUUUCAUGAUUUUCAACAUGCAAGGUAACAACUCAACAGCAAUGAGCAAUUCAUUAGUGUUAGGACUAAUUGUGUUCAAAGAGAAUGUAUUUCAUUUUUGAUGUCAUAUUUUAAACAAGAUCAUUGCUGUUAGUGCUGUUCAGUGACUUGUGGUCACAUCAAAUCACCAUGAUUUUUGUAUAGGGACAAAUUUUUGGAUUAACAUAAAUGGACAACAAGACCACAGUCUACACCCUGAUGGAACCAAAAGGCUCCAAAUCAUAUCGGCAUAUAUAUUUCACAUGCUUUUUGGUUAUUUAUUCUUUGAUACUGUUUUUGAACAUUUGGCUCAGUGUAGUCAUUAUUUUGGAGAGAGUCCUUCAUGAACCAAUGUACAUUUUUCUGUGCAAUCUAUGUGUAAAUUAUUUGUAUGGAGCAACAGGAUUUUAUCCUAAAUUCCUGCAUGACUUAAUACUGGAUUUAUAUGUGAUUCCUUCUUUUAUGUGCAUGCUCCAAGCUUUUGUGAUCUACAGUUCAGCUAUGUGUGAGUGUACUACAUUAGCAGUGAUGGCAUAUGACAGACAUGUGGCCAUAUGCCAACCUUUAGACUAUCACUCAAAGAUGAACAAAAAUACAUGUGGCAUGUUACUCUUAUUCUGUUGGACUGUACCAUUUAUUUCUAUGUUCAUUGGAGUCAUGUUGUUAAACAGGUUGGCAGUGUGUAAAUAUCAUAUCGACAAAUUAUACUGCGACAGCUGGUCAAUGGUAAAGCUCUCAUGUGAAUCAGUUGUUAUCAAUAACACCAUGGCACUGGUUAUCUUAUUAUUUUAUAUUUGUCUUACUGCUUUAAUUAUUGUGUCUUAUAUUAAACUUAUUGUAGCAUGUAAAUCAUCAUUAGAAAACAGAAGGAAAUUUUGGCAGACAUGUGUUCCACAUAUAUUUUCAUUGAUAAAUUGUAGUUUUACUGUGUUUUUUGAUGCAAUGGCUAACAGAUAUGGCUCAAGCGAUGCCCCAGAGAACAUGUAUGUUGUUUUUGGCUUACUGAUGAUUAUUGUGCCACCUUUAUUCAAUCCUUUAAUCUAUGUCUUAAAACUCAAAGAAGUUCGUAAAAGAAGUGUAAAAUCAUGUAUAAAUAUCAUUAAAUAAAGAAUUAUACAUUGUCCUGUUUGCUAUAUUAUAUACAAACAUACUGACUGACAUGCCUUAUAUGCACAGGUGGUUAGUUCACACAAAAAGGAAAAUUCUGUCAUUUA